AUGCCUUAUAAACUAAACAAUAUCGUUGCUUCCAUUCUAUCAGUACUACUAAUUCCAAUCAAUACUGCGUACCAACAAUUAAGUGAUACAUCAAUCGUCAGUGAAAUUCAGCCGAAAGAUUUUACUAUUAAAACAGUAACAAGUGUACCAUUAUUACGUCUAGUUGACUAUCUAUCAAAUCAAACACAAACCAAAGAAAUGAAAGUCAGAAACUUCUCAAUAUCAUCAGAUUCUUUAUACACUCAUAUAUAUUUUGCUUGGAAAGAAGCCAAUCAAUAUAUGUCUCCUAUUGCUUUGAGAAAUAAUGGUAAAAUUGAUGAGAUUGUUGGUGCUAAUCUUGUUCUACCUGUUAAUAUUUUAAAAGAUAUGUAUGCACCUGGAUUAAUAUCAGAUAUAUUAGAUUUUGCAAUUAAUUGUUAUACAUGGGCUAAGCCAAUAGGCAAUCAAAAAUCUUUCUCUAGUCCUACAGGAUACAUUUCUAUUUUAAGAGGAGCUGACAACGCAAAAAUUAAUCAAGAAUUAAUUAAAGAAACCACAAAAUAUUUUUUAAUUUCUUCUCAAACUGAUGCAUAUCAUUUUGUUUGGGAAAAUUCUUCACCAGAACAAGCAAAAUUCAUGGCAUCUUUAAAGUAUACUCAAAUUAUUUGCGGUGAUAAACAAACUAAAACAAACCCAUGUAACUGGGAACAACUUGGUAUGGAUAAAUCAUUUGCUAAACAACAAUGUCUUUAUAGAACAAUUAACAGUGAUUGA